CGCCGGGGCCGGCUUGGGUUGGGGGGCUUCGCUUGCGGGGCACCGGCGAAGCGUGGCCCAGCCCGGGACUCUCAGGCUUUGCUGGAAAAUGAUUGCUUUGGGGGUGGUGCUUAUUAGCCACCGCUUGCCCUAGUUUAAAGCGUAAGGCAGGGCUGCCUUUGGGAUUUUUCUGCUCUGAAGAGACACUCUCUGCUUGCAGCUGAGUUCUUUAUGCUUAGAUUUGUGUAUGUCGUGGCAUUUUUAAUGCUAGAUGUCAGAGGUGAUAAAUGGCCGUGGUAAUGGGGAGCCCGUGCAGCACCUGCUGGGCUGACUGUGGUGCAGGCUGUCUGCGGGUGGGAUGGGGAAAUGAAACGUGACAGAGAUCCUGUUUGGUUAUUCUGCUGAAGUUAUCAUGUUUCUGUUUAAGUAUACCAGUUCUAGAACAAGUUGAUAAAUCCAGUUGUAGGACUUUGUGAUAGAAGAGAUUGGGGUGGCAAAGUGACCCAGGAUGACCUGGUUUGGCUAAGAAUGUUUGGGGUAGCCUGAGUAUGUCUUCCAUAUCCCUUUGGCAUGUUCACUUUUUCGCUGUCACAAAUGCCCUAGUACUUGAAUCAUCCUGGGAUAGGAAAGAAGCUUGGGGACAGCAUUUAGCACAGGCCUGAGCCCAAGAUUGAGAUGGUUUCAGAUGAACAAAUACGUAGCUAGGAAAAGGAAAAUAAUGUUUUUGCUAGCGGGGUUGGUAGUUGAGAGGAUUCUCUCUAGUAUCAGUAAUGGCUGAUGGUCAUUACUGAUAUUAGAUUUUGUGUAAUGCCUUAGAUACGAAGGGUGGGGUGGUGGGUAGCCAUAGGUGCCAUUUCAAAGUUUUGUAAUUUGAAUUUGCAUAAAUCAUAUUUAACCAAAGCAUUACUUCAUAAAGGAAUCUUGGGGUGAACCCUCUGAAUCCCUCAGUGUGUGUUGGAUUUUGAUAUUUGGGGCCAAUUUAAAAUGUAAUACAUGUAUUUAUUUGGAUUCAGCUUUACCUUGGAGAUAAUCCUGAGUCAUGCUUUAAAGAAGUUCCUUCUGAGAUCAAGAGCUCAGAUGUCUGGUGGGCUCUGUAAAAGCUGGACACGCCCAUUUACCUGGAUAGAGUUCUUCUGGAGCUCUGGGGAGAUUGGAAGCUAAUUAAGGGGGCUUCUUUUCCAUAUUUGCCCUGUCUCCCUGCCAAUGCUCUAAAUUACUUACGUUUACACGCUCAGGUUUCUCAGUGUACCACAGAAAUUUUGUUUAUGCUACUGCCACUCCUAUUUUCACAUUUGUGUAAUACUUGCCAGUUUACAGACGAUUUUAUAUUCAUAAUCUCACUUAUUUUCUCCAUUUCCCCAAAGCAGAAGCUGGGCAUAAAGGAUGAUUUUCUCAGGGUCUCGUAAUUAGUAACAGAGCAGAAUUGAGAAUUGGGAUACAAGGCCCCCCACCCCCAGUUCUCUUUCCUUGUCCUGAUCUGAUACCCUGUGGGCCAGUUUUUGCCUUUGUGUUGUGUCUAAAUGGUGCAAUUACUUCUGGGAAGGUGGUAUUAUCAGGUUUUAUCUUGUGGAGACUGAGGGUAGGAGGAAUUUUAUUAUUUUGAGGACUUUUAUAAUGCUAAAAUUAUAAAUUUUAGUAUUUUAUGAUUUUAUGAGGAAUUUUAUGAUACUAAAGAGUUGUCAGUCAACUCGUUAGUGUUAAGAUCACUUUCAAGCUGUAGCUCCUUUUCUUCUAGACCACAUGGUUGAGAGAGGAGAGAGAAAAGAAUUACUUUUAGAAAAAAAUCCAUUUCUGCAGUGGUCUUGUUAAGGGUAAUUUAACACUAUAAUCACAUUAUCCUUGUAUGCCUGGCUACUUGUGCUGGCCUGUAUGUGGAUGUUAACCCAAAAGACUCCUUUAGAUGUCGCUGAACUAGUUACUAUAAAAAGUAUUUCACUUUCAAACUCCCACGUUUCAAAAACAGAGAAACUCAGUAUAAAGGCGAUUUUGAAGUUUCCCUGGAACCUGGGCUCUUAGACGCAGCGCUGGAGCAGAUGGAUAAUGGAGACUGGGGCUAUAUGAUGACUGACCCAGUCACGUUAAAUGUAGGUGGACACUUGUAUACAACGUCUCUCACUACAUUGACGCGUUACCCGGAUUCCAUGCUUGGAGCUAUGUUUGGGGGGGACUUCCCCACAGCUCGAGACCCUCAAGGCAAUUACUUCAUUGAUCGAGAUGGACCUCUUUUCCGAUACGUCCUCAACUUCUUAAGAACUUCAGAGUUGACUUUACCCCUGGAUUUCAAGGAAUUUGAUCUGCUUCGGAAAGAAGCAGAUUUUUACCAGAUUGAGCCAUUGAUUCAGUGUCUCAAUGACCCUAAGCCUUUGUAUCCUAUGGAUACUUUUGAAGAAGUUGUGGAGCUGUCUAGUACUCGGAAGCUUUCUAAGUACUCCAAUCCAGUGGCUGUCAUUAUAACCCAAUUAACCAUCACCACCAAGGUCCAUUCCUUGCUAGAAGGCAUCUCAAAUUAUUUUACCAAGUGGAAUAAGCACAUGAUGGACACCAGAGACUGCCAGGUUUCCUUUACCUUUGGACCCUGUGAUUAUCACCAGGAAGUUUCUCUUAGGGUCCACCUGAUGGAAUACAUUACGAAACAAGGUUUCACGAUCCGCAACACCCGGGUGCAUCACAUGAGUGAGCGGGCCAACGAGAACACAGUGGAGCACAACUGGACUUUCUGUAGACUAGCUCGGAAGACAGAUGACUGAUCUCCAACCCCGAGAGAAGUUUCUGGAAACUGACUCUCCAGGAAAUGGAAGAGACUGAUUUUUUUUUUUUUAAUCACAGUGUGAGAUUUUUUUCUUUUAAAUAUUUGUAUUUAUUUGAAGGCAGUGAGGACCAGAAGGAAGUUUUGUGCUUUAGCAGACUCCUCCAUGUUUUGUUCCCUUCACCCUGAGUAUGCAUGUGCCUGUUCAGAGUCUCCAGAUACCUUUUUUAUAAAAAGAAGUCUGAAAUCAUUAUGGUAUAUAAUCUACCCUUAAAGAGCUUUUUUUAUUACAGUGCUAAAAUGAUUUCUGAUAAAAUGGUCCCUAACUUAACUAGAAGGCUAAAAAUACAGGAAUGGAAGAAUAAGCAGAGUACUCAUGAUGCCUUUGAGAAAAAUCAAAACAUCAAGUAGGGUGACCUAGUUUCCAAAACAAUAACUAGUAUUGUAAUAUUAAAGGAAAACUGUUCCAAUCAUUUAAAAGUACUUAUUAAGUACUGGUUUUUACAGUUAUGACAACUGUUUCUUUCUAUGCAUAUAAAUCAAGGAACCAAAUAUCUGUAGCCAUGGAAAUGUCUAACUAGAAAUAUUUAUAUUGGAUUCUGACUACAAAAUGUCCCUGUGGUAGAAAUCUUCUUAUGCCUGGUGCAGUAUAAUUCCCAAGUGUACUGUUGACCAGAAAAAAAAAAACACCUAAUAAAAAAUGAAAUAUGAAAAUUA